AUGGUACUUCUAACAUCAAUAGUAGUGCAGUUGGCCAUUGCUGUCAUCGUCUCUGCCCAAGAUAAUGGCCGAUGUGACGGACGCAUGUGUCCAGCAGUUUAUGAUCCAGUAUGUGCGAGUGAUAAAAGAACAUACAGCAACAAAUGUCGCUUCGCAAUUGCAAAGUGUGAGGUCGAAGCUGCCGGCAAAAAAGAAACAUUGACCAUCGUGAAUAAGGGAAAAUGCUCAGAGAAGAACGUUGAGGUUUGCAACGGAGUGUGCCCAGGAAUCUACGCACCCGUAUGUGGUAGCAAUGGAAAAACAUUUGGAAAUGAUUGUGAACUUGAAAUUGCUCAAUGUGAGAAUAUGGAACGCGGAGGACCAGCCCUUACCAAAGUAAACAAUGGCAGAUGUAAGGCACCCGUGGAUACUUGCCGCAAACCAUGCAAUAAGAUGUUGAGACCUGUGUGUGCAAGCGAUGGAAGAACUUUCGGUAACGACUGUAUGCUGAGAAAUGCCGCAUGUAUGGCUAGAAGGAACGGACAAGUUCUGACCAUGGCGAGUGAAGGUAGAUGCGCAGUGAAGAAACCAGAGGAGAAUAUGGCAAAUACGUGCAUGCGAGCCUGCCCAAGAAUCUACAGACCUGUUUGUGGUAGCAAUAGCAGAACAUACUCCAACUCAUGUGAACUGAGCAUAGCUGCAUGCAGAUCAAGACAGGCGGGUGGACAGCAACUGACAGUGAUGAAACAGGGAAGCUGCUAAAAGAC